AUGAAGACUUUCCAGGUAGCCAAUGAGUCUUCUCCCCUUUCUCUAACUCCCAACAAUUUCAUCCUCCCAGAAAGCAAAAGGCCAAGCCUUUCAGAGGUUCAAUCUCUAGAUUCUAUCCCCAUAAUUGAUUUGAGUUACUGUCAUGACAUCAACCAUUCAUCCUUGGAUGUUAUUCACAAGAUUUCAAAGGCUUGUGAGGAGUUUGGUUUCUUUCAAGUUGUGAACCAUGGUGUUCCUGAACAAGUUUGUAAUAAAAUGAUGAAAGCAAUUACUGACCUUUUUGAACUGCCAUCAGAGGAAAGAGAUAGUCUCUAUUCAACAGAUCAUACCAAGAGUGUAAGAUUGUUCAAUUAUUACCUUAAAGUGGAAGGUGGAGAAAAGGUCAAGUGUUGGAGUGAAUGCUUUACCCAUUCAUGCUAUCCUAUUGAUGAUAUCAUUUCUCUCCUACCAGAAAAAAUUAGAACUCAAUACAUAGAGGCAUUUAGUGAAUUUGUAGAGGAGAUUGAUUCAUUGGGGAGCAGACUUUUAGGUUUGAUAUCAUUAGGGCUUGGCUUAGAGGAGGAUUGCUUGUUGAAGAAGUUAGGUGGCCGGUCUGGACAAAGAGCACAAGCAAAUUUCUAUCCACCAUGUCCGGAUCCAGAGUUGACCAUGGGUCUAACUGAGCAUACUGAUCUGAAUGCUCUCACAAUACUUUUGCAAUCAGAAGUUUCUGGUCUUCAAGUUAACAAAGAUGGGAAAUGGAUUUCUGUACCAUUUAUUCCCAAUGCUUUUGUUAUCAACCUAGCUGAUCAAAUUCAGGUUUUAAGUAAUGGAAGAUACAAAAGUGUACUACAUAGGGCUGUUACCAACAAUUUGAAUCAACGAUUGUCGAUGGCGAUGUUUUUUGGGCCAAAUCCAAACAUGAUAAUUGGUCCAAUUCAGGAACUAAUUGAUGAAGAACAUCCUCCCAAAUAUAGAAAUUACCACUUCUCUGAAUUUCUUAAAGAGUUCUUAAACCAAGAAGGAACAAGAACCAUGCUGAAGGAAGCCUUUGAAAUGCCACGUGAUAACAAGUACUUAGGAGUAGUGUUUGCCACUGUAAGUUGA